AUGGUAAACGCAAAGCCAAAGAAGUCAAAGCCGAGCGUAGGGCCAGAGUACCUUACCGACACUCUUCCCUCUCUUCUCCCACCCAUCUUUGAGCAAGUGCAGCAAACGACGGCCAACCACCGCAAGAACAUCGUCCAUCUUCACAAGAUCCAAGAACAAUGCGCAAUCUUCACAGAAGAGACCGCCAAAGGCAUCAAGCUCGUAGGAGAGAAGGCUUUCAACACAGCCUUCAUGGACAUGGUCAGCAGGGUACUGCCGGUCAAGAAGGGCGUCGCUGUGGCCGACAGAGUCAUCAAAUUCGUUGCCAGCUACGUGAUAUACUCUACAGAAACGGGCUACUUUGUAGAUGCUGAAAACAAACCCGAAGAUGAAGAUGACGAUGAAGACACCGACACCACAGCAUCUCGCUUUGUUGGCAAAUUGCUUCGUCACCUUCUUUCUGGUAUGGAAGCCAAAGACAAGAACGUGCGAUUUAGAGUCACUCUAUUGACCGUCUCAAUGAUCAGUGGGCUCGGAGAGAUGGAUGACGACCUUUAUGUGCUUUUACGAAAAUCCCUGUUGGACCGGGCAAAGGACAAGGAAGCGGCGGUUAGGGUUCAAGCUACUCUCGGGUUAUCCAAACUGCAAAGUGGAGAAGAUGAGGAUGACCUUGAAGAGGGGCAAGAGCCUCUUGCAAACGUGCUGCUAGACAUUCUCCGAUAUGACCCCGCAGCGGAGGUGCGACGUGCCGCCCUUUACAACUUCCCACAGACCCCGGCGACCCUGCCUCAUAUCCUUGCACGUACCCGCGACGUCGACCCCAUUCUCCGACGAACGGUCUUUGCUGGCGUCCUCGGUGCUGAUGGGCUCCCCGACCCUCGUGUCUUGAGCAUUGCCCAGAGAGAGAGUGUCGUUCGAAACGGCCUCGGUGACAGAGAGGGGUCUGUGAGGAAAGCUGCUGCUGGGAUGCUGGCUGGCUGGCUGGAUACGGUUGAAGGAGACAUCAUUGAAUUUUUGAAUCGGUUCGACGUGGUUUCCAGCCAAGUGGCCGAAGACGCAUUGGUCUCCGUGUUCGUUACCAGGCCUGAGGUGUUUCAGGCUGUGGACUUCGGUGAUGACUUCUGGACUUCGUUGAGCCCCGAGAAAGCGUUCUUGGCCAGGGUUUUUGUGGACCGCUGUAUCACAACAAAGGACAAUAUCCGCCUCGAGGAUGCUCUCCCCGUUGUGACCGCCCUUGCUUUCCAGAUCCAGGACGAGUACAACAAGCUCGUCAGCUCCACCAAUGACGAUAGUGAAGAGUCAGACACCGGCGACCGAACUUUUGUGGUUGGGGAAUUGCUCAAGUUGGCCGUCAACCUUGAUUAUGCAGAUGAAAUCGGCAGAAGAAAGAUGUUCCAGCUGGCACGCGAAAUGAUUUCUCAAAGCAAUCUUCCGGAAUCAUUGAUCCCUCUUUGCCUUGACGUCCUCAGCAAGAUUGCCAACGGCGAGCGAGACCUCAUUAGAGUAGUCGUUGAUGUCGUGACCGAGCUCAGGGAAGGCGAAGGUGAUGAAGAAGAUGGGCCGUCUUUCGGCCAGGGAUCGGCUGGCGACAACAGCAUCAGCGUACGCCGAUUGUCUGUCGGUAGUGGGCGAAGUCGGUCUGUUGCUCCGAGGUUUAACAUGGACGAUCCUGAAGACAGGAUGAGAGCUGCCUUGGUGGACCUUCGUUGCCUCCUCAUCUGUAUCAGUCUGUUGGAGCGAGUGAACUCGACACUCCAGGACAACUCAGUAUUCCACGGCUUAUUACCCGAUCUCAUCAUUCCUGCCGUGAGGAACAAAGAAGAACCAGCCCUAAGAGACCAGGGUCUCAUCUGUCUCGGACUGUGUUGCAUGAUUGAUGCUAAAAUGGCGGCCAACUCUUUUGGCCUUUUCAUCCAACAACUUCAGACUGCAGACGACGAGCUCAAAGUCAAAGUCUGCCAAGUUAUCUUUGACCUUUUGAUGGUCCACGACAUAGAUGCUUUGAUCUCCAAAACCAUGGUUCAACGCGACAAUGUCGUCGAGCUUGUCAGACAUACCCUAAGUCUGGACAUUCCAGAAGUUCAGGCGGUAGCAUGCGAAGGAGUAGCCAAGUUGAUGCUCGCCGGUAUGAUAUCGGACGUGGUUGUCUUGCAAUCUCUAGUACUCCUCUAUUUCUCUCCCGAGACUGCUGAAAAUCAGCCUCUGCGACAAUGUCUGACUUACUUCCUUCCUGUCUAUUGCUACACGGCAGCAGAGAACCAAAGGCGCAUGCUCGACAUCUUCUAUCACACCUUUGGUAUGCUCUCAAGACUUUGGGAAGAAGCAGAAGACGAAGAGAUGCCUCCGCUCUCUCAGAUUGGGUUAAUGAUGGUCGAUUGGCUUGAUCCUUACAAGGCUGUCGAGAAGGACGGAUCUUCUGUCGAUACUGCCAUCCACUUGGAAUUGGCUGCCGAAAUUCUCAAAUGUCUCUUGACAGAGACUCUCCCCGAAUCACGCAAAGCUCUAGCUUCGUUCUUAUCCAAACUCAGUCUUCCUGAGGAGGCGAGUGAAACCUGGAGACUCAAGUCAUUACUAGCACUCAUAACUGCUAUCCGAGACAAGCGCCCACUAUCAGAUGCCCCUUCACGCAAUGCUGUCAACAAGUUUGAAAUCGGGCUCUUGAAGAAGUGGAGCGACGUCCUCGGUGACUUUGAUGGGGACACUUUCAGAAGCGAAGCAGAAAGGAACGGGGAGAUUGGAGACCUGUACGGGUUCAUAGAUGAAGUUGAUGAGAUCGACGUAGCUCAGAACGAAGCUGGCACCCGUAAGGGCAAGCGAGGCGCAUCGACUUCUCGUCGUAGUCGAAGCGUAUCGACUGCCACACGCGAUGAGACUUCCGAGGAGGGAGAUGAUCAAAGUACUGUCACUGGCGGGUCGGAUGAUGACGACGAUGCGACUCCGAGGGCGACGCCACAGACCAAGGGCAAGGGGAAAUCCUCGAAGGCUUCCGCCAGCAAGGUAAAAGCCAAGGAGCCCCCAAAGCCCAGAUCUUCGCGCGCGAAGAAAGCUUCUGCGGCUUCUGUAAAGAAGGGCAAAGGGAGAAUGGCACCUGUCGAGGAAGAGAACGAGGAGCAGGAAGAUGAAGAGGAUGACGACGACGAGGACGAAGACGAGGACGAGGAUUCUGAGGUCGAGAGCAUUCUGGAUGAGGAUGACUUGGAUAUUUGA